GGCGUCACCUUUUAUUCCAAUGUUGGGUGCUCGGGACGACAGGCGCUCGCCUUGACAGCCGGCUGGGUCACUGUGGCCACACCCUGCAACAUGAUAAUUUCGCUUUUCAUUAAUCGGCUUGGCCGCGUGUGGUUCCUCCAUAAGUAUUGCCCGAUUGGGUUUCUCGAGGUCGUGUGCGUCUUGAUCGGUGAAUGUGUCACCCUAUCGGUCCUCGAGCAUCGGACGAGUUUCUCCCUGAGCUGCCCGGCCAUCUUCUUCUGCGCCACGUACAAUGACACAAUGACAUACAUCUAUUCCUCCGAGAUCUUUCCGACGCAUCUGCGAGCUAAAGGUCUCUCGAUCAGACUUGCCGGACUGUGCCUCGCCUCGUUGACCUAGACGCAGGCGGCCUCGAGUGCAUUUGCCGCCAUCGGUUGGAAAUCUAUCUGCUGUUUCUGUGUCUCUCUGCCGUUAUGGUGGCGAUGAUAGACUUCUUCUUCCCGGAAACAAAGGGUCUCAGUCUAGAGGAGAUG